GUGGUGCUGCACGUGAGUGCUACGACAUCGACUACGCCGACGACGAGGAGCAAUACGAGUCGGACACCAGCAGUGACCCGCUGCACGACUGGUACGACAGCAGGGUGCAGCCUCCUGUAUCUGAGUGUGUACGUGGAGCACAUGAUCAUGCUGGAGUGCGUGGCGCCGUACUUGCUGGAGAUGGUGCUGCACUGGAGUGGGCGAGCGUCAACGACAGCAAGGACGAGGAUCAGGAGUACAUGGACAGCAGGGCUCAGCCUCCUGCACUUGAAUGUGUACGUGGAGCACAUUACGAUGAUGGAGUGCGGGGCGCCGUACUUGCUGCAGGUGGUGUUGCACAAGAGUGCCAGAGCAUCAACGACGGCGAGGACGGGAAGCAGGAGGAUAAGCUGGUGGACAUCCCGCCUUUCCCGCAGCUGCGGGGUGAGAAGGCCUGUCUGCUGACGGCGCAGGACGAGCAGAAGAAGGCCGAGGCGGCCAAGCGGCUGCGCACGGACACGGUCAUCGGCAUGGUCGGGCUGCAGACGGAUGUUGGCGGUCCCAAGAUGGAGGAAAAGGAGAGUGAGGCUCCCACGGCCCGCAAGGGCGCCGCGGUGGACACCGCGACCCGGGAGAUUGUCCUGGCGAACCUUCACGAGGUGCUGGGCCUGGUGACCAGCGGCGAGCUGGAGGACAACAGCUGCAAGGUGGAGAUCCUCGAGGAGAUCGAGGCCUGGUCAGGCCUACCCGUCUGCGCGGGCGACGCGAACGGCAACAGCUCGAUCGACCUGGAGAGGAAACUUACCGACGAAGCAAUCGCCGAGAUGAUCCGCAUGGCCGUCGUCAAGGUCCGGACUCCCGACUGA